AGCAUUGAAGCAAAGAUUGUGUCAAAAUGGAUGGCCCAUGGCGUAGCCGCUGCAGACGAUCUGCAUUUGUUCCGGCCCUUGUCCUGCUGGGAAGCAGCCAGUUUCUGGUUAUUGGCUUCGUUGGGCCCGAUGUCCCCAGCUACACUAGAAGCGAAGGUCGCCCCGUGGCGAGACGUUCAGAGGGUGGCGAUCUACUAGAAGGGGAGCGCUUCAUCGUCAUGAAUCGGUUUCGAGUCAAAGAAGGCGCUGAAGAGCGAUUCGAGCAGCGCUGGGGCAAAGAUCGCUCUGUUGCUGGCUUGGAGGGUUUGCGCUGGUUCUCUCUCCUGCGACGCGUGUCCAGCACGCCAAAGUCCACAGGAGCCCUCAGUGUUGUGUUCAACUACGACGACGAGCAGUUCGAAGAUGACUACACCUAUGUUUCCCUUGGCGUUUGGGAAAGCAAAGGGGCAUUCAGUGCCAGCACUGCGCAGACGCAGGAAGACAGCGCGAGUUUCGCCAGUGCAGUGCUGAAAGGAUUCCCUACGAGUGGUCCCCCGAAGCCCGCGCUUUGGGAUGGAAUGCUGUUGGAGAAAGCCGAGGAGACAGCAAAGGCUGCACCUUUCAUUGUCAUGAACCGCUUUACGGUGAAGCCUGGAUCGGAGCCGGAGUUUGAGCAGCGCUGGGCCAAGCGAGAAAGCAAGCUGCAAGAGGCCAAAGGCUUCCAAUUCUUCCAGCUCUUAAGACGAGCGCAAACUCCAGACGAUGAUGUGAACUACAUCAGCAUGAGCGCUUGGACGGAUCGGAGUAGCUUUGACAAAUGGUGGAGCAGCAAAAGCUUCGCGAAUAUGGCGCAAGUUCAGGGAAACCUCUUGGAAAGUGAGAUUGUUCGCUACUUCUACGAGGGGGUGUUUGUGGUGGAGGGUGACAAGGGCCUGUGAGGGCACCUGUUGGCUUGGCGCCAUGCAGCGCUGCCAGAUGCAUCAGACAGAAACCACCAGCUGGAAAGUGGCUGGUGGAAUCCAAGCAUCUCACCAAACAAUACACAAAUCAUCUAGGUUGUUU